CUAAGGUAUUGUAAACUGUAGGGCCUAAAUGACAGUAAAUGUAAACCAAUGCAUUUAGAAUUUAGAGAGAUUUAGGCAUUAGCAUUAAUUAAUAAUUAGAUUCUAAAGAUGUCAAACAGCUUAGAAACUGUGGAAGUGGAGGGCGAGGAACUGGUUGGUGAUGCUGACAUGAGUGAAUGGACGAUUCUAUUUGAAUCAGAUGAAAGUAAAAGAAACAGCAGAAUCUUGAGCAGGAAAAGCUCCAGAGAAAAGUCAAGUUCAAAGACAAGCUCAGAUAAGCAGAAAACUGCAUCCAGCCAAAGCAGAAAUAUUUUUGAAGCUUCAGCUUCAAACUUGCUCAAUGAUUCUUCUAACUCGGUUGCCAGCAAGUUGGAGCCCGAAACAGAUCACAAAUCAAAACAACCAGACAACAAACGAACUCAUAAUAUGAGAAAUGAAAAUGGGUCUGGACUUAGUAGCUUAGGAAUUCUAUCAAAAGGGACAGAACCAAGCACAGGUGAUUUGCCUGAAAACUUAGACAAGCUGAAGCAUCCAGAUGAUCAGAAAGACGGGGAGGUACCAGGUAAUCAGACAGAUGGGGAGGUACCAGCUAAAGUACAAAAGUUAGAAAAUGAAAGUGACAUUUUAAUGGCAAUAGACGGUGAGUUGACGGAACUAGAAGAUGUAUCUAAACAAGUGGAGGAUAAGGAUGAGACAAUUACUAAUGUUAAAUUUCUACCUUCGUUGACCGAAGAUGAUUUUCGGAACAUUGACAACUACUUGGUUGAAGAAAUGAUGGAGGAUGUUAGACAACAGAUGAUGCCUCGAAUGGGGGACAAGUUUAUUGUACAGUUUAGUCCUGUUGAACUAGCUGAUCUUGCUGAAGUAUCAGUCCAAAAAUUACUUGAAACUCAGCCUAAUUUAGCUUUUUACUUCAAACGCCAAGGGAAGUUCAAGAAGAAAAAAGGGUAUGCAGAGUCCUACUUCUCAAAGUCCUUGGAAGUCCAGUCCUUCAUCCAACAACUUAUUGAAACCAAGUUGAUAGAGAAACGCUGUGAAGUGACAAUCACAUAUUGUCAAGGCAAGAAAUCGCCUGAUAUCUUGUCAUUUGUAUUGUGGUUGGACAAAACUGAAAAACUGCACAAGCUCAUCAAAACAGCUGAAGAGCCCAACAAAGCUAAACCUGAAGUCAAAGAAUUUCUCCAGAUAGAAAAAGUUCCAUCUUCUAUAUCGCCACUCCUGAUAAAAACAGUUUUCCCAUUUACAAAAAGUAUUGUGUUAGAAUCCAACAAAUGUACAGGGGAAUACAAAGGUCCUUACAAUAUCUUCUAUCCCAACCAUGCAUGGAUUGAGGCCUUAUUGGAUUGUUGUACAGAUUACAUCUUUAAAAGUUUGCCUAUCAACAUUAUUUACAAGCGCAAACAGCCAGAAGCUAAACCCAGCCUACCAGUAACAACAGAGCUUGCAAGUGUGGACAAUUCUAACAAAGACCAAAUCACAUCAGCAGCCAAAAAAAGCCCCAAACCAACAGAUAUAGACGAAGACAUCUCUAGUAUGACCUUGGAUGUCUGUAGCGGUAUGUUGGAAUCUCUCAACAAACUCAAGAAACUCGGCACAGACAACCCAAGUGUGCUGAAAAUAUUAGAGAUGCAGUCUCAGUUAGCAUUGCUCCAGCAGUCUUUGUCAGAUACAAAGAAAUCUACUGCAGGUAACUCAGCAGAGGAACCCUCUGACCCCUGGACAGUUGGUCCAUCUGACACUGAAACCACUGAGCACAGUGCUGAUCAAUUCUCUGAAGAGAUGAGGAGAGAAGAGGAGUAUAUGGUCAAGAGGCAGCAGCAGGAGAUGGAGGAUUUACAGAGGAGGAUCAGGGAGGCUGGGGAGGGGGAGAUGGAAGAAGGUAUAAAGGAAGGGAUAGAUAGUGAGCUGGAGGAGAUGUUGGCUGGUAAGGAAGAGAUUCUGGCAGAUGGUGGGGACAAGAGUGAACCAAGGGCAUGUAAACAGGAGACAAGGGAAAUAACUGGAGGGGGGAAAGCUCAAGAAAAGACAACUCUUAGUUCUAAGAGUAAUGAUGGAAGUGCAUUAACAGAAAAGGCUGGGGAAACUCCAGAGGCACGCCCUAUUACCCCUGGAAGGACACUCAAUAAUGGCGUGCCAGUGUACAGUGAGCAGGAAUACAGCCAGAUGUUGACAAGUAAAACUUCCACACAGUUGCCCUCCCUUCAUUACAUUCAGCUUGCCUACUUUCCUAAACGCCAGUGCCCAGUGGAAGGUUGUCCUGCCACAAAGCUCUUCAAAACUGAGGCUUCGUUUCAAGAACACUGGAAUAUCUUUCAUGAGCCCAAUAUAACCAUGAGAUUUUGCCUGCAUUGCUCCGCCUACUUCAUGAACAACCCUGAGCUGGAGAGCCACCUGGCCAAACGUCACUCCCUCAGUGAACCAGAUGUGGUGCAGAAACUCUUGUCUGAGGCCAGGGUCAAGGUCGUUUCAAAUCCGAGCUUCAGAGAUCCUGGUCAUUUUUUGUCACCUUUUAGACAAUAAGUCCUCACAUAACCAACACUCAUUUUCUCAUCACUGUACUGUUGUUUGCUUUAUUUUUUAUCUAAAACUUUAUCAAUGUCUAAACCAUGCUAAAACUUCUGCAGUAAACUGAAGAAACAUUCUCUGUGUUGAGAACAUUAGUUAUUCGUCUUUUUUUUUUUAAAAGAAUAAAAUUACAAUUAAGUCUGUAUAUAUUUAUCAUAAUGCUCUUUUAUAACCUUAAACAAAACUGUGUAUCCUGCAUGGGAUGACUCCUAUCUUCUGCCAAUUAUUUUAUUUUAUCGGAAAACACCAUCUCAUGUGCUCUCCAUCAUCUCUUCUCUCUGUAAAACAGAUGGUCAAAAUGACACAGACUGUUAGAAUAAGAUUUAAAACUGGUUCAGUGUUACAGUACUGGUUAGCUUAAGUAUUUGGUUAUAGUAUAGGUCUACUAUGGGUGAUUUGAAUUGUAACUUAUGUAAAACUUGCCAAGCUUGUUACCUUUUUUUUUACAAAACUAAAUUAAAAUGGGUAGGCGUACAAUUUUGGUCCCAAAACAGUCUUUUUAGGCAAUUCAGUAUAAAUGUUUAUCUCUUUUCACCCUCCUUUCUCCUUUCUUAAAUAUUUCGGUUGACUCAUUAAGUGCAAUGAAAAAUUUAUAUUAAAUAAAAUCAUUGCACCUGUGCCAGAUA